AAUAUAAAUUAACGUUUUGCAAUAAAAUAUUUGUUAAAAAUGGAUAAUAUCUUUGGAAAGGAAGAUUCUGGGGAUGAAAAGGAAAGUGAGCAUAAGGAUGUGGAAGAGCAUGAAGAUAAUAAAACUAUACAAAAUUCAGGAUCCAAAGAUAUUGAAGCUAUGGAGAUUGAUAAUUUACAAGUUAAGGCAGAAUCGGAUGCAAUGAGUUCUCAAUCGCAAUCAGAUGCUGAGGAAAUUGAAAACACUGGAUCUAAUUCUAUCUGUCCAGUUGCAGAGAAUCAAGUAGAGACUGUGAAGCAAGAACUUGACAUGAAGAUAGAAGAACAAACUGCUGAAGAUAUAUUUAGUAAUGACAUUAUGAUACCUCGUGCUAAUCCAAUCAGUACAAAAGAAAGGCGGGAAAGUAAAGAGAAGAGCAAAAAGGAAAUAGAAGAAGAAGAGAGAGAAAAGAUGCAGGUGCUAGUAUCUAACUUUACUGAAGAUCAGCUAGAUAGAUACGAAAUGUACAGACGAUCCGCAUUUCCAAAAGCAGCUAUAAAAAGGAUUAUGCAAACCAUAACAGGUUGUUCAGUAUCUCAAAACGUUGUUAUAGCUAUGUCAGGAAUUGCUAAAGUAUUUGUUGGCGAAAUUGUUGAAGAAGCUUUAGAUGUUAUGGAGGCACAAAAUGAAACUGGCCCAUUACAACCAAAGCACUUGAGAGAGGCUGUCCGCAGAUUGAGGUUACAAGGUCAAAUACCGAAUGGUCGGGCACACAAAGCUUUCUUCAGAUUAUAA